AUGCUAUCCGGUGCACGUAACCAUCGUAAUCGUCAAUUAGCUGAAAAGAUAUAUGAUCGUAUGAAAUCUGUCUUUCCUGGUGAAAAACAAUCUCUUCUAUCCGGUGCAAUUCUUCUCUCAAAUAUAUAUUCUUCAUUCGGUGAAUAUGAACUGGCAAUGGAUAUUCGAUCUAAACAAAAAAAUGAAUUAGGAAUAAACAUCAAAGUCGGAGUAACAUGGACAAUGGCCAAUGGUGAAUUAGUGGAAUUUAAAGCUCAUGAUAUGUCUCAUCCACGAUCAUCAGAGAUCUAUGCUGAACUUGAUCGUUUAGCAUUAUUAUUACUUAAGCAUGGUCAUACGUUUGAUUCAAGUUGGAUAACUCGUAAACUUGAUACAUAUGAAAGUAUUCAAUCGGUUUUAUGUGGUCAUAGUGAAAAAUUAGCCAUUGCUUUUAAUUUAAUUCAACGACCUAUACCAUCAACCAUUCAAAUUACAAAAAAUCUUCGUAUAUGUGGUGAUUGUCGUAAAAUAAUUUCAUACUUAAAUUUUGAUCAAUCAUUAAUAAAUAUUAUUUUAUUUAUUGUUGAACAAUUAAAAUCUAUAUUAUUAACUAUUUGUUUAUUAAAACAAUAUCGUACAAUAGAAAAUAUUUCAACAUUAUUAAGACUUGAAACAGAAUUUCAAAUAUUACGUUGGAAUAGUGUUGAAUAUUAUCAUGAUCAUGAAAUGAUAGAUACACGGUCUAAAAUAUCAGCUGCUUAUUUUAUUUUCUAUUGUUUAAAUAAUAAUAUAAUAACAACAAAUAUAACCAAUGAAACAAGCUAA